AUGAACGCUUUAGUGAAUCCUACGUUGCAAGAACGUAUGGAUAACCGGCGCCAAACUGUUAACUUUGGAGCCAGAGGCGUUGUGGGCGAUCACGGACACUAUGACCGGCGUGCUUCCCUUCCACAGCGGCUCAACUCAACAGGAAGCGCAAAUCGUUCUCUCCUGCAACCUUCUACGGAGAGUGGACACUCCGUUGUGUCGUCUAUGCUCUACAUUACCAGCUCACAGUGUGCCUCUCCAUCACUGGGACCCAUGCUCCUGCCUGAGGAGGCACGUACCAGCACAAAAGGACAUAGGGUGAAGCUAUCUAUUGUGGCAGAAGAAUUUGAGGACGGGCUCGCGGCUACGUUACAGGACAUGGCAUUGUCUGAGCCUGUUCCUGACUCAGGGAUCAUUCCUAGAGAGGACCUAUAUACCAGAACAGAGCAUCAACAAGACGCGCCGAUGCCGUAUCGGCGCUUUGCCUACGACAGGGAUAUCACUCCUGGAGAGUGGUCUACCUUACGAGAUCACGUACUGGCUCUUUGGAACGGCGAGGGUGAUCUUACCCAGACGCGGAACGCCGAGAUGGAAACGCAAACUCGCGUGGAUGAGUGGAACACUCAUUUCUUCAGCUCGAGGUGUAUGCAUCUCGUGCUGUUCGCUGGAAAUGUGGCCAAAGGCGGGUCCCUUUCCGGCUGGAAAGAAACCAGGAUAAAAUUCAAGGCUUCCAACGAUUGGGAUCUUGCUCCUGAAGAGAAGUCCACUGUUAUCACUGCCUCGACAGACGUAUCGGAAGCCAACCCGUCUCAGGUCCCAAGUCGAUCUCAGAGUCUACCAUAUGCUCUCGUCAUGUACGACCUGCAACGCUCCUAUCUACCCCGGGUACUAAAGGAUGCUCGUGCAAGUCGAUCACCAGGGUUCCUUCUACCGUGGAUGGAUAGUCCACCAGCACGUAGAUUACUACCCGAAAGACACUACGCCAUUCCAUCCAACCUCUAUGGAGAAGUAAAGCCACGUGGCAUCCCCAGAUCUCCAUCUUCCCUUGUCCCAUCAUCCGCGCGUGGCAACGCCGAGCGCAUGUUUUACUCGUUUGCGCCCGAUAAAACGCGUGUGAGGUGGAAGGUAGACCUCGACAAAGCCCUCCCGGAUUCUGGAGUGGCGCCAGGAGACCACACACUCUGGCCGUUUCUUCAAAGCAUCUUCUUGUCUGCGUUCUAUCAAGAGAAUCAUCUCGAGCCACGACUUGGUUCGCAAACGGGGCGCCAGUUGGCUACCUCUACAUUCCUUUCCACCUACAAUUCGAUGUUGGGUCAGAAUGCCUUGGCUAAGUUGCGAAUGAUUGAUAAUCCAAACAAUGAUCAGGAUGUGUGGAACGCUGUCUCUCUGUACACGGUACUGUACAGGUCACAGGCGGACAGUGCUCUCAAGCCUUGUUACUACUGCCUCGUAUGCAUGCUCCAGUUCCCCAGGUCGGGUAUGGAUGACAUGCUGGGUCACGUCCGCAAGCACUUGGGCCAUCAACCGUAUUUGUGCAGCUGCUCGACGUGUACUUCGGAAUAUGGUUCUUCGCGCUUCCACUCUGAAAAGGCGCUGAUCAGACACCAAGAGGAGGCUCGUCGGAUGGCUGUAAACCGGCACGGUUUUGAAUCUGGUCCGGUUACAUACUCGACGCCAACCACAUACUCGAUACCGACAUUUGAAGAAGAGUUGCGCAACUUGGGUUGA